UGAUUUCAUCACAACCGGUUGUUGCAUCAUCUAUGAUCCUCACCGUCAAUAAUAUCAAUCCAAUUAACCAACGGUUGAGAUCAUCACUCUCUUUCUUCCUUUUUCUCUAUCCUUCUGGUUCUCAGAUUUUCCUUAGCAAUAUUUCUUUUCUCAUAAUGGGUGUCUGGUCUAAACCCUCUCCUUCACCUUACGUAAAUCGCUAAUCGGAUACCUUGAGAUUUCUUCUAUGUCUAAUCUGAGUCGGGCCUGACUCAGCUAUGGAGAGGGUUGCCAACUCAUGUUAAAGUCAGCCUUUACCUUCUCGUUUUGAAGACCCAUCAUCACACUUUUUGACCCAGGUUUUGGUUUAUUUCAUUCAAGAAUUCAUUUCCUAAUAAUUUUUUCCAAGCUGCUAUAAUAUCCUAGAUUCUUAAGCUGGGAUUUAUCGAUUAUUACCGGGAAAUAUAUUCUUGAGUGACUGUAAUUGAGUAUUGAAACCUAGCUUGACUUUUUUUUUUUUUUUAAUUUCUGCAUUCUGGCUAGGGUUUCGAUUGGGUUCUGCUGAAUUUGUGUCCAUGUAAGGGUUUUCGAAUCUGGGAUUCCUCAAUUUUGUGACUGUUGCAUUAGUUGUGUUACGAUUCGUUCUUUCUUUGGGAUAUUAAAAGUAGGGUUUUUUGAUUUGGGAUUAUUCAAAUUUAGAUCGUUUUAGAUGUUUCGAGAUUGUCAUAUUACACCAUUUUGGAAGAAUAAGGUGUUUUAGGAUGUGGGUCUCUUCAAUUUAUCGGUGAAGCGCUUCUUUUCUUGUUCAAUUUUUCUUUUUUCUUUUGUUUUCCUUUUAUACUUAGUUAUUUGAGCUGCUGAUACCGUAAGGUUUUCUUUUUAACACCUGGGCUUUGCCAUAUUGUGAUGGGUGAAGAGACUUCUGAUGCGAUGAACCUUGACUUGAACCUUAGUCCUGGUCCCGAGCCCACUUUAGGCUCAGUGUCAAAUGUUCCCAUGACUUUAGAUGAGAGGAUUGAUAAUCCUCUUCAUAGAUUUAGGGAAGCGGUAAGGAUUGGGGCCAGACAGCGGUCCAGAUGGCGACGACUUCAAAUACCACCGGAGGCCCAUAACCUUUCAAUGGAGUUGAACCACCUAAUGGUUAAUUCUAGUAAUGCAACUACAUUGCAGGCAGGUGAAGGUAGUGUUGAUGCAGUUGAAAGAACAAAUCACAUGCCCAAAACAUGUGAAAUUAACAAUGGGAUUUUGGAAGAAGAUGCAUCAGAGAAUAAGAAUGAUAUUGAAAAGGGUAAUGCAAGUGAUGGGAGCUUUUUUGAUUGUAACAUCUGUUUGGACUUGUCUAGGAACCCUGUUGUUACAUGUUGCGGUCAUUUGUUUUGUUGGUCAUGCCUUUAUCGAUGGUUACAUUUACAUUCUGAAGCAAAGGAAUGCCCAGUUUGCAAGGGGGAAGUAACACUGAAGAAUGUGACCCCAAUUUAUGGCCGUGGGAACCAUAAGCUCGAGCCAGAAGAGGACUCUAGUCUUAAGAUUCCUGCUAGACCCCAUGCACGGCGGGUUGAGAGCUUGAGACAAACCAUUCAGAGGAGUGCUUUAAGUUUUCCAGUGGAAGAGAUGAUUCGACGCCUUGGGAGUAGAUUUGAUUUGACGAGGGAUUUUAGUCAGCCUCACGAGCCUGAGAGUGUUCGGGAAACUGCGGAAAGAGCAAGCUUGCUAAAUAGGUUUCUGACAACCCGAGGGUUACGCAGGGAGCAAAAUCCAGUGGAACCAACUGAGGAGGUUGUUAUGGACUUGAACCAAUCAAACAUGGUUGGUCCUGAGGUGGUAGAGAAUCGCCGUCUUCAGUCCCUUUUCCUUCGAAGAACACAAUCACAAAGGGCAGCAUUUUCCUCUCUUUCAUCUGCAUUGUUCUUUGAGGCCUUUAGGAACCACCCUACCAGUAGGAACCAGGAGCAGCAGCCUCCUGCAGUUGAUGAUAGAGAUUCUUUCUCUAGCAUUGCUGCUGGAAUAAAUUCAGAGUCCCAAAUCGAUACUGCUGCAGAAAUUGAAUCAGCAGUAUCUCUUUCAACGUCAUCUUCUAGAAGAAGAAAUGAGGCUUCAAGGGUUUCAGAUUUGGAUACCGGAGAUUCAAGGGCACCUCGAAGGAGACGGCUGAACUAAAAGCCUGUGUCUGAUCCUUUAGUGUAACCGGAGAAGGUUUAUGUAUUAAAUCUGGAAGCUUUAUCAUUACCCACUUAAUUACAUAACUAUUGUCUCAGCCAUAGUUAUGGAGCUCUUUCUACUUUAUGCUUCCAGUAUUUGGUUCAAAUUAGCUAGUCCUGUUCUAAGGACUAUAUGCUUUCAAUUUGUAAGAAUCAAGUUUGUGUACAACACAUGGGCUGGUUCAUCGUUUUCAGUGUACAUAAUCUCAUGAACUAAACAUGUAUGAACUUGUUAUAUUUUCUGAAAUUUCUUAAUAAUCUCAAUUUAGUAAA